ACGAGUAUUAAGAAAAACCAAAAGGAGUAUGUUCACUUUUAGGGCACCAAUAUUUCAUAUUGGCUUAAUGUUUUGUGUUUACUCUAAAAACUUAAAGUGGAUUUUUUUUUUCCAAUCCCUUUGCAUUAGUUUUUUUUUUUUUUUUUUUUUUUUCCUUUUUUACUUAUUAUGAGUAAUAUUAAAGGAGAAAAAUACAAGUUUCGAUAAUCUUGCCAAGCUUUUUUUUUUUUUUUUUUUUUUUUGGAAGGGAUCUUGCCAAGCAUUUUAAGGCUCUUACAUUAGGAAUUUUUCGUGUGAGAAUUGAGGAGGAUUUUUUUAGCUUUAGAAAAAAAAAAAAAAUCUCAAUUUAUUCUAAAUUUGAUUCACCAUCAAAUGGAUUGUUCAAUGGAGGAAAAAAGUAAGCAUAGGAUAUUGAUGGUGUCUGAUUUUUUCUACCCAAAUUUUGGGGGAGUUGAAAGUCACAUUUAUUAUCUAUCUCAGUGUUUGCUUAAGCUUGGUCACAAGGUUGUAGUUUUGACUCAUUCAUAUGGAAAUCGCUCUGGGGUGAGAUAUAUGACGAAUGGUUUGAAGGUUUAUUAUGUUCCAUGGAAGCCUUUAUUCAUGCAGAGUGUAUUGCCCACGUUCUCUGGUACACUUCCUAUUAUGAGAACUAUUUUUGUCCGAGAGAAGAUUUCACUGGUCCAUGGACAUCAAGCCUUUUCAACUUUCUGCCAUGAAGCUCUAAUGCAUGCACGCACUAUGGGAUACAAAGUUGUUUUUACUGAUCACUCCUUGUAUGGAUUUGCUGAUGUCGGUAGUAUACACAUGAACAAAGUCCUACAAUUUACCUUGGCAGAUGCAACUAAAGCAAUUUGUGUCUCCCAUACAAGCAAGGAAAAUACAGUGCUAAGGUCAGGUAUUCCUGCUGAAAAGGUAUAUGUGGUACCAAAUGCUGUUGACACUGCUAUGUUUAAGCCUGCACCCGAACGACUUUCAAGAGACCAAAUUGUCAUUGUUGUGAUAAGUAGAUUGGUAUACCGAAAAGGUGCAGAUUUGCUUGUUGAAGUCAUUCCUGAAGUUUGUCGUCUACAUCCCAAUGUUCGUUUCAUUGUUGGAGGUGAUGGCCCAAAAAGAGUACGGCUAGAAGAGAUGCGAGAAAAACAUUCUCUUCAGGAUAGGGUUGAAAUGUUGGGUGCCGUUCCACAUUCUCAAGUUCGAUCUGUGUUAAUCUCUGGACAUAUUUUCUUAAACAGCUCAUUAACCGAAGCAUUUUGCAUAGCUAUAUUGGAAGCAGCUAGUUGUGGAUUAUUAACAGUCAGCACACGUGUAGGAGGUGUCCCUGAGGUUUUGCCAGAUGACAUGAUCGUACUUGCAGAACCAGACCCUAGAGUUAUGGUGCAAGCUGUUGGAAAGGCGAUAACCAUGCUCCCUAACAUUGAUCCGCAAGUUAUGCACCUUCGAAUGAAAGGGCUAUAUAGCUGGCAUGAUGUUGCCAAGAGAACAGAGAGAGUCUAUGAGCGGGCUCUGAAGUGUGCUGAUCAGAAUCUUCUUGAACGGCUUUCAAGGUACCUGGCUUGUGGUGCAUGGGCAGGCAAGCUUUUCUGCUUGGUUAUGAUUAUCAAUUAUCUGUUUUGGUGUCUGUUGAAACUAUGGCAGCCUGACGAGGAGAUUGAGGAGGCUCCAGAUGUUCAAUUAUCUCAUCAGCUGGAAGAUAUAUCAGAAUAAUCUACUCAGAAUAGAAACAUGGAAUGACAUUAGAUGUGUAAUCUGUACAUAAUUCAUCACUAGCUCAUCGCUGAAAGCUCACCUCUGUCAAUCUGCAGCAAAUGUCAAAUACAGCACAAUGCAAAGAAGUCCACCUGUAGGCGUUUGUACUUGGUAGUUUCUAACUUUCUACUAGUACUGGACAUCCUAAUUUUUCUUUUACUUUCUGUAACAGUUUUGUGGCUAAUACUCUAUACUUUGUAUGUCCUUAGGCUCAAUGUAACUAAUUUAACUGACGAUUUUACCAAAAACCA